UUGACUCUUCCACUUUUUAUUCACUUUUUACGACCAAGACUAUGGCAACUGAAACCCAACUCUCAGUACUAACACUUAACUGCUGGGGCCUUAAAUUUAUCGCCAAAGAUCGACAGGAUCGCUUGACAGCCAUUGGCCGCUAUCUCGCAGAUCCCGCACGCAGCUAUGACAUUGUUGGCUUACAAGAGGUCUGGGUAUAUGAUGAUUACUUACGUAUCAAGGACCUUGUCCGAGACACUUUUCCUUACACGAAACAUUGGUACUCAGGGGUCCUGGGUUCUGGGCUGGUGAUUCUAUCAAGAUUUCCAAUUGUGAAUACAACGAUGCGUAGAUUCGCAUUGAACGGCGACCCAUUCAAGUUUUAUCAUGGAGAUUGGUUUGUUGGCAAAUGUUUUGUUAGUGCCAUUGUCAUGCAUCCAACAUGUGGUGAAAUUGAGGUCUUCAAUACUCAUCUUCAUGCGGGAUAUGAUAAAGUAGGCACCCCGGAUUCUUAUCUAGGUUGCCGUGUUGGUGAAGCCUGGGAGAUGGGGUCUGUUGUCAAAGCUGCUACGACUCAGGGUCGCCAUGUUAUUUCGUUAGGUGACUACAAUAGUGCACCUAACAGUCUGGUUGUACAACUCCUGACCAAGAGAGGAGGCUUGACGGAUUCAUGGAACAAAAUCCACCCUGAACCUCGCAACCCAAUUCCUAAAGGCCUCACACCUGAAGAAGGCGUUUCUAUCAUGGGCGUAACCUGUGAUACUCCUCUUAAUACAUGGUCAAAGCACACUUGGCUCAACUACUUAACCAACGACCCCAUUGGUGAACGGCUCGACUAUAUCUUUUACAAAGAGACCCCAGAGAUGAUAUGUAACUCCGUCGAAGUUGCAGUUCGUGAACAAGUCUCUGGAAUUGGAGCAUCCAACUCAGGUGUCAAAAACUAUAGUGACCAUUUCGGCGUUCAUGCUAAAUUCUCUAUCAAGCCUGCUGUCUAUCAUUUUCAGGAUCGGGUUUUGCCAGAUGCUUCAGUAUAUGCACAGGAUAAUGUAACCACCCUUCCGUCGGAUGCCUUAACUAUCGACACUCUGGAAGAGAUUCUAUUAAUUUUGAAGCAGCAUAGCAACAAAGCCAAGGCUCGGUCAAAACUCGAGUUGACGGUCAUUGUGCCACUGGCUUUGAUUGUAACCUUUGGUUUGAUUAUCGCCUUUUUCUGGAUUCAACCUCGCUGGGUCGCAUUCAUUAUGGCGCUGAUCCUCAGUGCAUUUUCUUCUGGCUGGAUUGUACAUUUCCUAUAUGGUUUCCUGUACGGAGGAGAGACUGCUUCUUCCUUUACAAACACGAUCCAGGAGGUCCAGACUGUUUUGGACUACAAGCUUCUGACUGAGCAUGGCUCGAAUUCCGUCAAUGGAAUGUCAAGGGGUAGCAGCAACACUCGAUAUAAUGCUCAUAGUCACCGACAAAGUCUUUUGCAAAAAUGAGGCAACUCUGCUCUCCCCUUUAGGACGUUGGGAGAGGGCGCAAUUCGACUCACUUGAUACGAAAGAAAUAGGAAGCACACUCCACUAGUCUAAUAUGUGAUCAUCAUAAUACCCAGUGAUAUAUUUUAUUUUGUAUCUGUUCCGAAUUUAUUAUUUCUUCAUUCUGGUAUGUGUUGAUGCCAACUUUUUUUUUUAGUAUAGUGUUGCAAAAAAGACCUUAGGUGUUGUCUAAGCUUGAUUUCUGGACCUCUCUACUUCAGAUACUUUCAGCUCUGCAGCAGCCAAAAGUCCAUCCCAAGAUAAGAACACUUCCGACAAUGUAU